AUGAAAAGCAUUCUUGAGAAAUAUCAAAAAGUCAAGAAAGAAGGCACUUUGCUUAUACUUGAUUUCGUCACUGUCACUGACUAUCUCUUUCUCCUGAGAAGUGUCUGCAUGAUUAUGGAAACCUUGAAAGAAACGGCUAUGUACUAUCUGGCAGCGGCCGUCAGUGAUUUCUUUAUUCCAAUGACGAGAAUGGUCGAGCAUAAGAUACAAUCUGCUGGUGGUGGAUUAACGCUGACCAUGGAUCAAGUGCCAAAGUUUCUAAAACCGAUGGUCACAAAUUGGGUACCACGAGGGUUUAUAGUUUCCUUCAAGCUGGAAACCGAUCCGGCGAUUCUCGUAUCAAAGUCCCGUCAAGCUCUCGUGCGCUAUGGCCAUCAAAUUGUUAUUGGUAACCUUCUCCAAACGCGGAAAACCGAAGUCGUACUCAUUACUAAAAAUGGUGAGGAUACUUUUAAACUGAGCGGUGACGAGAUACGGAAUAUAGAGAUCGAAAGCAAAUUUGUGCCCGAGCUUAUCAAAAGGCAUGACGAGUGGAUACAACAAAAUCAUGAGCAGCAGUAG